AACGCCGGAAAAAUAUUUGUCAAAAAAGCCUUUCAAAAAAUGUUCAAAAGUGACGUCACAACAAAUUGUUUUAGCAUGAGUGUUCAGUAUAAAGCGAUGUUAUAAAGUUACUUUAUAUUUAAAUAGUUUAAGAAAAUUGACAAGGACGUGACACUUUCACAAUCGAUUGAAGAAAUUCAGAUAUAAAAAUUGUUUUAUGCCUAAAAUAACUCGUAAUUAUAGUUUCUAGUUGAUUUCAAUUUUAUAAAUUGAUAUAUUCAUCAUAUUAGUCAGUAAAAAGUUUACUGGAUCUUUGAAAAUUUAAUGAAGCAAGGAUGGAAAAGUCAUCAAAACAUUCAGAUAGUCAUUCUAUAAGACAUCCAAAAAAGUCACAUUACAUGUCAGAUGUGUCUCGGAAGGAUUUUAAGUGCAACAUAUGUCUACAAGAGUUUUAUACUGAUAAUCAGCUAAAAGAUCAUCAGGAAGUCCAUAUAACGCCGUAUUGUCAUUUCUGUUCAAAAAUGUUCAAGUCAGCAAAGCUUUUACGUGUCCACCAUCAAACUUAUCAUGAAUCGUCGUCGCAUAAUUCAUCCAAAGAAACGAAAAACAGUUCAAAAAAUGAUAACAAUAUAUGUGAAGAUUUAUCGUUAAGUAAAAUUAAGGAAGAGCCAAUUGAAUUAGUAUCAGAGCCUGAAAUUGAAAAUUUAUUAAAUCAUGAUCCACACUCAUCAAGUACAACAAGUUCAGAUUUUUAUCCAGAGCCAUCGAGAACGCUCGGAAUAUGGAGGAAUUUCACUGAAACACCGCCAUUCCUUAAUUUAGAGCAUUCGAGUGUACCUUUGGGCAUUAAAAUUGAGCCAACAGAAAUUCCUGAAACUGAUCAAUUUGACUUUAUAAUAAAUGAGAUUUUAAAGAAGCCAUCCAACGAACAUAAUACACAUGCAUCACGACUCUCGCUUGUUGCUGAAGAAAUUUCUUUGCAACAGAACUUCUGGACACAAUCUGAUAAUCAGGAACAAAAUAUUUGGAUAUGCGAUAUUUGUAGUAAGCAAUUUACGACAAAACAAAUACUACAAAGGCACAGAAUCGCACAGCAUGACCAGAGUAAAGAUUUCAAAUGUGAUCAGUGUGAUACAUGGUUUAGUAGCUCUAAUAAUCAUGAACUUAUUAAGCAUGUAAAUGAAGUGCACAAUGGAUUUAAGAAAUUUAUUUGUGAUUUUCCGGGCUGCAACAAAGAGUUUUCAAGGAGAGAUGCAUUAAAGCGACAUAAACAGUGUCACGAAAAGGGUCGAAAUGCUGUGAUUCAACAUCCACCAAAAAUUGCUCAUCAUCCUUACUUUAAACCCAACAAUUUCAGUAGACACUGAUGAUUUUAUCCUAUUAUUUGAUAAUGAUAAUAAUAAUUAUAUUAAUUAAUUAAUAAUUAAAAAUGCUUGAAAAAGUUUAUGAAAAUCAAAAUUCUUAAAAAAUUAUAAAAUUGUUUUUUUUUUUUGAAAGAAAAUAAAGUAUCAGUAAAUUGAAAAUAAUACAAUGCCUAGCUAGCUCACUAUCUGGUGGGGCGUAUUUAAACAAUUUCUAUUAAUUCUAGUAUGAAUCUUUUAGUCUGUUGCUGAAAACCGUUCAGAACUGAAGUUUAAAUUUUUAAAUAAUAUGAAAUUGCUUUUAAUUUCUUUAUUUGUUCUGUGUUAUUUAAAGGGAUUAGAAUCACUUACAUGUGACAACACAGAUCAUGAGCCAAACAACGAGAAGCGACUCAAGAAUGAUUUAUUCUGCAAAUACGACAACUUUAUUCGUCCAGGAGAUAUCAGUAAUGCCACAUUAAUAAGUCUUCGGUUAAAUGUCAAGAACUUUGAUUAUGAUGAUGAGGAUAACGUUAUGUCAAUAACAUCUUGGAUGACAUUAUCAUGGACUGAUAAUAGAUUGAAUUGGAAUUCAGUUGAUUACGCAGGUAUUGGAUCGAUACAUAUGAAAUCUGAUUAUCUUUGGACACCAGAAUUGUCAUUGUAUAAUGCACACAUUCCAUCCUCAAUGGGAACUUGUCACGUGAUAGAUUGUAUAAUAUCAAAUUCGUCUAAAGUUUCAUGUGUUAUGCCAUGUGAGCAUAAGGCUCAUUGCAAGGAUGUUGGCAUCACCAAUUGGCCAUUCGAUGUACAAAAUUGUACAUUCACAUUUGGAUCAUGGAUGAAAGUUGGGGAGGAAUUAAAUUACAUUCCUGAUAAAGUUGUCUUAUUCACCAAAAGAUUAAAGGAUAAUAAUCAAUGGAACCUUGUCGAUUCAUCUGUAAGAUACAAUAAAGGAUUUUAUUCGUUUACGGACGAAACAUUUCCAUCAGUCACGUUUGCAUUCGUUUUGGAACGACAUAAUGGAUUUCAUCGAGUCUCAACAAUAUCAUCAGCUAUUAUCAUAAUGGUCUGCAAUUUGUUAGUUUUCUUCAUAAGUCCUGAGUCUAUCCUUCGAUUAUUUUUUUGUGGUGCAAAUGUGUUCGCAAAUUCCUUAUUCUUGGAGUUUCUUUUUUGGAUGGUGCCUUGGUGUGGAGAUAAGACCCCGAAAGUCUUGACAUUCUUUGAUGACCUUCAAAUUUAUGGGACACUCUUACUUAUGCAGACUAUAAUUCUAAAAACAAUUUUGACAUGCUCUGAAAAAUGCCCAAUUUGGAUGACUAAUUCUGUUUUAAAAAUCAACACGUUCCCAUUAUCUCAAUUAUUAGUGAAACAGUCAUCAUUAAAACUCCCCGAAAAUGCGACCGAAUUAGUUGAACAUGUUAAGCAACAAGCUUCUGACAAAUUGGUUUUACAAAAUUUUGUUAGACUUGUCGACCGAUUAUUCAUAUUAUUGACACUAAUUUUGUUUCCAUUCAUGUUCUUUUCUCUAUUCCCAAAAGGAUAUUUAUCUUAUGGAUACAAUCCAACUGAUAUUUUGACUCAAGCUGCUUAAAACCUUAUGAAUGUUAAUAUUUUGUUAAAAGAUUAGUAAAACUUUCAUAAAUAUUGUUAAAUUGAUUUAAACCAAACAUUGGAAAACCAUUCAACAGUUUAUAUUUGUUGGAUAUUAAAUUUCAAUAAACAUUUAAAAACCUUCC